AUGAAGUGCCACAAGCCCAUAUUUAUUUUAAUUGUUAUAUUAUCAGUGAACCGUACUCAUGGCGUAUCUUUAGAUUUAAUAGACUGCGGGAUAGACCAUGACUUGGAUGUAAGCAUAGGCGAUGUUGACAUCACUCAGUACCCUUGGCUUGGUGUACUGUAUUAUUCAUACUUUGGAGAAAUAGGGGAAACUCGUGCUGUAACUACGGUGGCGCUUAUACAGGCGGAGUUUGUGAUCGCGCCCGCCGCUGAUAUUGGACCGAUGCCUAAGACUGAUUUUAGGGCAAACGCCCGUGUCCUUCUUGGGGAGGAUUGGACUCGAGUAGGGCGGCAAGUGCGCAGCUACCUAAUGCAUCCUGAAUACGAUCAGACAUAUAACACCAUCGCACUAGUGCAACUGAGGACUCCCGUCAGGAAUGUAAAUAUAAAACCUCUAUGUCCGCCACCGGAGAUCUUACGCAGCCCUGACCUUUACGUCAUAAAGUUCGCGGAUAAUUACGAUAGACUCCAGAAACGAGUGAUUCCGGUUUCACACAUACCAGGCAAUAUGUGUCGGGAGUUCUAUGUUAAAGCUAAUUUAUACGCAAAAAAGUUGCGUCCGCCGCACGUCGCAUGCGCAGUGUCGUUAGAAAACAAUGAUGUCUGUGUAUGGGACGCGGGUGGUAUGCUCGUCUCACGGGACGUUUGGGGACGUUGGCAAAUGUUAGGUGUAGGAGUACGAGGCCCUGGGUGUGGUGCGCCCUCCCGGUAUCUUGACAUCAUGAGCUACUUCCCCUGGAUCGAAAGCAGUCUUGCUAAGUUCCGAAGAAUCACCAUCUCCAAGAUAUCCAAACACAAAUUUAUACUUAGAAGUGGUAACGCCUUCCACGCAUAUCAACGUUUCGGCGCUUGCGACGAAGAAGAGAAAAUAAAUCUGGUUUACCGUGAAAUGAUCUCACUGCGUACUGACAAUAAUCAGUACCAGUUCCUCACAUAUAAUAUGUCUAUAUAUGACAAUGUGGAGUAUACCUGUCUCACUCUUGAGUUGGUAAACGCGUCCGCAGCAUCUGAGAUGCGAGUCAAACAUUUCUGUCCGAGAUUCUCGUAUGGACCGCCUUGCUAUGCAUACAAGGGUUCGGUCUUCGAAAUAUCCGUAUACCUAAUGUUCUCCGAUACAUGUCGAUUCGAGAUGUUCGCAUGGGGAUUCCAAAAGAAUAUGACCUUGCUCGAUAUUCAGCAGUGGAAAUGGGAAGAAGGAUCUUAUUACGCGGACUUUACUAUGCAGCCUGUGGAGUAUAGGGGUCCUACACACAUGACAACUUUCGGCUUCGAGCCCUUAGAGGUGUCUGUGUGGGUACCGGCGUAUGAUAUUUGGUCCACCACGCCUUUUUCUAAUGUAUCGACUACAGAAAAGGGCAAGGAAAUAAAUGACGAGGAAGAGGGAGCGGAGUUACCAGAUGAACCAGGAGUAUAUGUGCCAAAAGCUACGACAGUUAAGGUCGAAUACACCGCUCCAACAACUAUAGAACCCGCCGUGUUAGACCUAAUAGAGCUUUUGCAAACUGGUUACUCCGACAUAAGGCAUAAGGUUCUCGCCACUGAGCCGACGAAGAAAAAACCUUAA